GUAAUUAUGUAAGCGGGAGUAUUCAGGGUCUUUGAGAAUUCACGACACUCACCUUUUGCAACCUAGUGCUCGCUCUGUUCACUCCCUGCUCGACGUCCCCUGCGUCAUUCCCGUCCUUGCUGCCGUCGCCGAACAUCGUCGUCGCUGCACUUGACGUUAAAAAGGACGUCAACUCCCCCUUCCUUGUUAAUUGGCCUAUUCCUCCCAAGAUUCAAGGUCGUAAAGCAACCAAUAACAUAUCCCACCUCCUCCCAGCCAUACCAGUACUUACUUUCCGCCUCUUCUUGAAGAAACGGGCGAACCGUUGCCUUUCAGGCUUUCAUUCAAUAUUAGCUACUAUAUCUUCUCUUGAUAACAAAUCCUUCCAAUGUCUCCCAACCCAUCCCAGAAUUCCCCUUGGCCAGCUCAGACAGCUCCACCAUCGUCAUCAUAUUCGUCAUCGAAACGAAGUAGACUUGACGCAGAAUCUUUCUGGCCCUCAUCAAUAGAAAGGAGACAAGGGACUAUCAUCUCGAAUGAGAGUGCGCUCGCGGAAGCCGAGACUCAAUGUGAAAUAUACGCUGAUAAUAGUCAGGUGACUUGUUAUCCAGGCCCAGGUAAUCUAGUGAUCCAGCACCAGUGGGCACCCGUUGUCUGGAACAGUAGACGGCCGCAACUAUCGCAGUACACUGACGUCGUCAUAUACUUGUUUGAUGCUGAUACGAACUCCCCCAUUCUCAAUUUCACGCAAACAAAUCCGACUGAUAGUGCUGGUGAAAUGAAUGCACCAGUGAAUGAUACUUGGUUCGGGAGCAAAGGGACUUCGUGGACGCCAGGGCAGAACUUCUCAUACCCAUUUUAUUGGGUAGUGACCAAUCAGAAUGGUCUGGAUGCUGGCUCUUACACCACAAAUCCAACGUUCACGGCUAUUCUCUAUAAUAUCCUGGCUAACAUAUUCGUGAAGAAACUACAUAUGCAGAUGCUGUCGUUUCGUCCUAUGCAAUCCUCAUCGUCUGCCGCUGCCGCAUCGUCAUCUGCUGCCGCUGCAUCAUCAUCAUCUGUUGCUGCCGCUCUGUCAUCGGCAUCUUUAUCUAGCUUACACGCAUCUGGGACAUCGUCGGCCUCGCCGGGAAAUGUUCAACCAAACAACUCAAGUGCACCUUUUCCUCAUUGGGCAAUAGCAGUCAUCGUGGUACUCGGAUUUCUUGCCAUCGUGGCUGGUGGUGUCUUGAUUUGGUUAAUCGUGCGCCGUCUACGAAGACGUGAACAAUUAUCGAAUCGAGGAUCUAUGGGUUCCUCGUCUCCGAUGAUGGCCAAUGCCCAGAACUCCAACUCUCCUCAACUACCGUUGUUGGGGGCUGGGAUGGUGGGUGCGGUGGCUGGCCGGACAUCAUCAGAACAUCAUCGGCCUGCAUCGAUCGUAUCUCCGGAUGGCGCAUCCGACAUCUCACGGGCCCAUUCUGCAGGCGAUACCGGUCCAUUUUCAGGAGCCGAUGCAGCCAUCAUGGCGGAUGCAUUUAGGAAAGCAUUGCGCAAACCUGAUUUUGCAGGGCCCCCUGUGGAGGAGGCCGAGGACCAAAGAGAUGAUGCGAUUAUGAGUCGUGAAUUGGCAGAAGAAGGACGGGACAUACGAAGUGUCAGUUCAUCACGGGGAGUUAAAGUGGAAACUAUGAGUGAGACGGGUGAUACAGUGCAAGAUCACUAG